GUAACAUUAAUCAUAUGGAAAUUCCUUCUUUCGAUUUCGUUAAUACAUUGACUGCUCCUGUUUAAGGUGUUAUUGUUCUGAUCACAUGGUUGUUAUAACCCAUGAUCUAAAUAAAUCUUGAAGUAUUGAAAUCUUACCACCAAAAUGACAUCUGAACCGGACUUGAAUGUGAUUGUCGAGCAGAUAGGGAGGUUAGAAAUUGAACCCGACCGGCGUGGUAUAAACCCCAAUAAAGAAGAACUUUCCGAUCUAGAAUCUUCCUCACUAUCGUUGGAUGGAAAAACAAGCUUAUUGUCAGACAGCAGCCUCGCACCACGUGGUCCAACUAGGAAAAACAGACAAAGUGUACAGUCAACACCAUACCGUGUUAGCCAAACUCGAUCAAAAGGGUCACUGUCUAUCGCGGAUGAAAUUAUUGAUAUGCAAGAACAGUAUAGUAAUGCCCAUCCACGCGGUAACUUGUUACCCGAUACACAGUCUGAUAUAAAUCCAUGGUCUUAUAUGUCGCAACAAAAUCAGACGAGCAAAAAUACUGGUACUGAAAACGAGGAUGUGUCUUUUAUUGAUGAGCUUUUGUUUCCCACACAUACUUUUGAAGGCAUCAACUCUUCUCCUUCACCAAGUUUUACACCAAGUCCAGAGAUAAACUGUUUUUCUGAAAAAACAUGUCCUACAAUGAGUUUUGCGUUUGGUCAAGACUUCAAUUUUGGUGACGGAAGUGAUGAUUUAAAACUUAUUGAUGAACUUAUUAACGAAGAUAUCGUUAGCAAAGCACAAUCUGGUGUCACAAGUGAUUCAGACUUGCAUCCUUAUGUAGAGUAUCUACAGCGUGAUGAUAUUAGAUUACAGCAAAAAUCCAACUUGACAAAUGCAGAGGGAAAAAACCAAGAGGAGUCUUUCUUUGAAAAGCCUGACAACAUCCCCUUGUUGCUAUCACCAACUCCUGCCAUUUAUCAAAAUGUAAAUGUUGGAAAUAUGCUAAACCAAAAUUCACAAUUGGAGAUUUGCCCACCAUUUUCUUCGACAUUCAAUACAAAUGUUACAUCAACCCAGAUCGAUUCGACUAGAUUCGGUUCGGAUCUACAAAAAAAAGCUCAAAAUGACAGCAGUUGGGCACAAGGUUGUUUUGCUGCACAUAUGGGUACGCCAGUUCUAAAACAAACUAGCUUUAAUUCAGAUAUCUGUCCAAAACUACCUAUGCAAGAAACGCAUUACAAUAUACCUUCUAGUAUAAAUGAGAUUUCAAGAGGCAACACAGUGACUUCCUUUCAUGAUCUUAUGCAAUGCGGAAACCAGAGUGCUGUCUCAAGUACUACCCAGCCGAGUCCGGUGAAUAGUCAGCCAGUGCAGCAGAAUAUUCAAUCAUAUCCAAUAGCACUGAACCGGUUAGACAUACAGCCAAUUCAACAGAAUCAACCUCGUAUUCAACUGUCACAUUACACACAUAAUCAGCCAAUUAGGCCUAUACUACCGAAGCCACUGCAAUCGGAAAAUGCAAAUAAAACCCAAAGACUGCAGUCGACACCUAAACACAGUCCUGUUCCAAGAGACAAGCGUGCCCCCUCAACACGAAGUGUUGGCAAAAAUGUACAGAAAGAGGCGAAGUCUAGGCGCGAUGUCAGCAAACUCACUACAGGAGAUUUAGAGUAUGAGGUCCAAGAGAAAGGAGACACCAUUGUUCAUGGAUACGCCUGCCUAAACCCACCCAAUCAUUAUCUUCUAAAAGCUUUGCUAGAGCGGCUUAAACAGGAGCAUAUGAUCGACAUCAUCAAUAGAAAAAACAAGAAGAAUCAAACUGCAUUGUAUUGCGCUGUACGACUGGACUAUGACAAGGUUGUAAAAACUUUGAUCGAAUUCGGUGCUGACCCAAAUAUCAAAGCCCAGAAUGGCGAUGAGCAGUCUGCGGCCAUACACCAUGCGGCCAUGUCUGGGACUACAAAAACCCUUCUAGCACUUCUAGAAGCUGAUAAAAUCUCUAUAGAUUUAGACAAUGGUCUCGGACAAACAGCACUUCAUUGUGCCAUUAUAGCCCAAAAAGAAAAGGGCAUUCCUAGAAGGGAUGUAAUGGAAAAACUACUGCAAAAGGGAGCUAAUUAUCAAUCGCAGGACAAAUUUGGAAGGACCCCGCUUAUCUACUGUGUCCUUAAAAAACAAAUGGAUCUAUUGAAAAUUCUCCUUAACCACAUUGAACCAGACAGGCAAAUAGCAGCUAAAAAUAUGAAAGAUCAUUUUGACAAGUCAGCAAAAGACUAUGCCGAAGAAAUGAAAGACAGUGAUGAUAUGGAUUAUUCAAAUGUUUUAUUACAUAGUCCGAGGUGAUUCUUAGUAAAGUUUAGUAUGUUCAUGUAUUGAUGUGCAAUAAAGACUUGAUCAUUUCAA